AUGUUUUAUUUCCACUGUCCGCCACAGCUAGAGGGCACUGCACCCUUUGGCAACCAUUCUACAGGAGAUUUCGACGAUGGGUUUCUGCGCAGAAAACAGCGCCGGAACCGGACGACAUUCACUCUUCAGCAGCUGGAAGCUCUGGAGGCAGUUUUUGCCCAAACGCACUAUCCCGAUGUCUUCACCAGGGAAGAGCUUGCCAUGAAAAUAAACCUCACAGAAGCCAGAGUGCAGGUUUGGUUCCAGAACAGAAGGGCCAAGUGGAGGAAAACAGAGAGAGGGGCCUCCGACCAGGAGCCAGGAGCCAAGGAGCCCAUGGCAGAGGUGACUCCACCACCUGUGAGAAAUAUCAACUCCCCACCCCCUGGGGACCAGACACGAAGCAAGAAGGAGGCCCUGGAGGCUCAGCAGAGCCUGGGGCGACCUGUGGGUCCCACAGCACCUUUCUUCCCAUCCUGCUUGCCAGGGACCCUUCUGAAUACGGCCACAUAUGCCCAGGCCCUGUCACACGUUGCCUCCCUGAAAGACAUAACUCCUCCUCGGGGGUCCCCAGCCCCCACAAAGUCCCCCUCCUGCAUCUAG